AUGUACACAACGCAACAACGGAACAUAUUGCACCCGUUGUCCAGCGCUUCGAAUAUGGCCCAGUUGAUCCAGCACCAGCAGCAGCCAAACAAGCAGCAGCGGAGAUAUUUCGGUAACUACUACUACCAGUUCCCAAAGAUCCCCCGACCAAAGAGAAACGUCUUGUACUACUCGACGUGGACGACAAGGAACGGGUCCAAGGCGCCAACGAAUGGCACAAGGCACACCUUGCCCCAUUUCCACAUUUUCCAUUUCCCGAGAAUCUCCAAGCGGUCGUUUUCCCAGGCGAACCAAAAGAUCAAGCUGAACACGAAAAAAUGGCACACUCGGUUCUUUUCCGUCGAGGCCCGGUCAAGGAGGCAACAGCGUAGAAGGUUCAUCAAAUGGUGGACCAUCACCUCGUUGACGGUGGUCUUGGGAGGGGUUGCUGCCAAGAUGAAGUACGACAGAGACGAGCUCCACGAAAACCCGUACAAGAUUCGACCCCAGUCGUGGCAAUUGUACGCCUACUCGACAUUGCCCUUGAAGACAAUGUCGCGGGUCUGGGGCUACGUCAACUCGAUCAACCUACCCGUGUUUGUUAGAGAGCCACUGUACCGGUUGUAUUCGGCGAUAUUUGGCGUGAAUUUAGAGGAAAUGGAAAACCCCAAUUUGAAAAGCUAUAACAAUUUGUCGGAGUUUUUCUAUAGAACUUUGAAGCCGGGCGUGCGUCCAAUUAGUGACGAUGACAUUGUUAGUCCCGCCGACGGCAAAGUUUUGAAACAUGGUGUCAUUGACGAUGGAGAAAUUGAACAAGUUAAAGGUAUGACCUAUUCCAUCGAUGCGUUAUUGGGCAUGGGCAACUCAAAGACUCGCAACUUGGCUGCUCCGACUCAUUCGCCGCGUUUCGAAGAUAGCGACGACGAACAUCACGUUCGAAGAGACCAGGAAUUUGCCAAGUUGAAUGGCAUCUCCUAUACUGUCGAUGACAUCAUUGGCGGAGAAAACGAUUCCACCUACCAUAUGAAUAAAUUGACCUACAAGAAUGACCACGACGGCACCGCCAAGGGAAACUAUGCUUCAUUGUCAAAGGAGUUGAAAGUGGCUGAAGCAUUAGCGCCGAAUCCAAUGGAAAGCUUCCGCGAAAAGAGACUUUACUUUGCGGUGAUCUAUUUGGCCCCGGGCGACUACCAUCAUUUCCAUUCGCCUACUAGUUGGGUGGCAACGUUGAGGCGCCAUUUCAUUGGCGAAUUGUUUUCCGUGGCGCCAUUUUUCCAAAAGACACUCCAGGGAUUGUUUGUUCUCAAUGAACGGGUGGCAUUGUUGGGCUAUUGGAAAUAUGGUUUUUUUUCGAUGAUUCCAGUGGGAGCUACAAAUGUCGGCAGUAUCAUUGUCAAUUUCGACAAAGACUUAAAGACAAACUCGUACUAUGAGCAAGAAGUCUAUAGCAACGACAACUCGUCCUCGUCCUCGUCGUCGCUGUCGCUGUCGCUGUCUUCGCCUUCGUCAUCGUCACUGACACCGUCGUCUUCUGCCGCGUCGUCCGAGACAAGUUCGGUAAUGACUACAGAGUCAACUCCACUUUUGCAAAAGGAAUACUCGGCGUCUGCAUUUGCCUCGGCAGCCGAGGAAGAGAAGAAGCGCAGGAAGCGAUUGAGAAAGAAUACCGUUUACGAAGCAACAUACACCAAUGCAAGUAGAAUCCUAGGUGGAUACCCGUUGAGCAAAGGACAAGACAUCGGGGGUUUCAAGUUGGGUUCAACCGUGGUGCUCGUAUUUGAAGCUCCUGAUAACUAUGAAUUCAGCAUUGAAGUCGGAGAAAAAGUCAAAGUCGGCCAAUCCUUGGGCAAAUUCGUCUAG